AUGAAGACUACCUCAUUCCUCCUUGCCGCCUCAAUGGCUGGCGCUGUGGUUGCGCAGAAACUGUCGGAUUACUUUCCGGAAUGCUCCCUGAACUGUCUUGAGCAAGGAACUACUUCCGCUACUGACUGCACUCUCGGUGAUGCAGUGUGCUUCUGUGUGCAGAGCAACUACGAGGCCAUCUACAACGCAGAGCUUUCCUGCGUCCUCAAGGAUUGCGGUGCCGACGUCUCCGUCGACAAGGUCCUCCCUGCUGCGAUUCAGUUUUGCUCUGCCGCUACUGCUUCUGCUUCUGCCACUGCCGCUGCCCCGGCUGAGUCUACAUCUGCCACCUCCGCCGCCACGACUGAGACGACUGAGACGACAUCACAUGCGGCUCCUUCUUCUUCUUCUUCUUCUUCUUCUUCUUCUUCUUCUUCUUCUUCUUCUUCUUCUUCGUCUUCUUCCGAAGCAUCUGAGACUUCCGCUCCGCAAACGACAUCUUCUGCUGCUCGCUCAACUUCCGCUCCUCAAACCACUGCUACAAGCUCGACUCCGGUCGGAUCUGGUCGUCCUGUGACGACCGCCAGCACCACGGCUGCGUUUAGCACUGCUGCAGCUGCAGCUGCUGGGCCAAUGGUGACUGCUGCCAUGCUCAUUGCCGGCGCCGUUGCCAUGUUGUAA